CAAAGAUCCGUGUCUCUCUUCUCUGCUGCGUUAAUCAUCACCGAGAGAAAAAAAAAAAAUUCGGCACUGCCGAUCUCUUCUCUUCUGUUCGAGCCGUGCAUAAGCCAUGGCUCCUGUAUCCUCUGAUCCCAUGGAUCAUCUUCCUACGGGUCUCAAGUUGUUUGUCCGGAAUCUUCAAUCCCUAACCCCGGUCAAGCUUGAUGACACAAAUUAUCCCUCCUGGUCUGCCACCGUUCGUGCAAAUCUUCUUGCCCAUCGCUUACUCGGUUAUGUUGAUGGAUCUGAAACCUCUCCACCGGCUCUUAUUCUUGAUGAGAAGGCUACUGCGCCGGGCAAGGAUGCACCCCCGGUUAUGAAAUCCAAUCCAGCCUAUGAAUCAUGGCUUAUCGUCGACGCUCAGAUUCGGGCCUGUCUUCUUGAAAUUGUUUCACCCACGGUUCAGACUCAUAUUCAUGCUCUUCCCACAUCUGCUGCAAUCUGGAAUCAUCUUGAACAACGGUACAAUUCUCUUUCACGCACUCAUAUUUUUCAACUGAAGGAGCGCCUGCACGGUGUGACUAAGGGUACCGACUCCAUGCAAACGUACUUGGACACUGUUCUCACCAUUGUGUCGUCUCUCAAAUUGGCUCAUGAAGAUAUCUCUGAACAAGAUAUUAUUCUUUGUGUUCUACGAGGUCUACCGGCCGACUAUGCCUCCCUCAAGCAAAAUAUUCGUACCAAUAUUGCCACCGUCACCUUUAAUCAGGUCUCCUCUUGGUUGCUGUCUGAAGAAUUGAAUUUAUCUUUUGAGAAAAAAUUGUCUCUUGGUGACUCCGGCUCUACUUCGUCUGCUGACAUUCAUAAUGCUCUCUACACCAACACCGGACGAGGCAAUGGUCGGGGUCGUGGCCGUGGACCACAACGAGGCCGAGGAGGGCCUUACCGUGGCAGUCAGCCCGGCGGCAGAGGCGGCCGGCAGCCGCAGUACCGCGACGACGCACGCGGCAGAGGAGGUGGCCGGGGGUCCGUCACGUGCCAACUUUGUGGGAAGCCUGGCCAUGCGGUCUGGAAUUGUUGGCACCACUACGAUGAAUCAUAUGCUGGUCCUCCGCAGGCGUUCUAUGCAAAUCAAUCUGCUGAAUCUAGUUCGAACUGGCAUCUGGACACUGGCGCAAACACCCAUGUCACGCCUGAUCUGUCUCGGCUGCAUACUUUGACUCCGUACCAUGGCACCAAUUCCAUCACAACUGCAGGAGGUAACACCUAUCCCAUUGAUCAUACAGGCUCAGGAUUUUACGAUUCGGGACAAUCUCACCAACCAAGUUCUUUUCAAGGGCCCUUGUGAGCGUGGUUUGUACUCCAUACCGGCAUCUCCCUCGUCUCUGGUGGUCAACUCUGUCAAAGUCACUCCGUUUCAAUGGCACUGUCGUCUUGGUCAUCCCUCAGUUUCAGUCACUAAGUCUUUAUUGUCUCAAUUGGGUUUUAAAUUUCAGCAUCUUGAUCACUGUAAUUCUUGUUCUAUUGCUAAGUCUCAUAAACUCCCCUUCCCUGUGUCUGAAACUAAAACUUCUGCUCCUUU